AUGGCUGCGGGCUAUGAUGCAGAGAUCCACUUGUUAAAGGACAUUGGAGAAGAAAAAGAUCUGAGGGAGCGCUGCAACGCCUUUCGUCAGGGGCGCAGGGGACAAGGUUAUCGGAGGAUGCAUGCUCAGUACGGUGACUUCGCUGUCUAUUUCAUCCUCGCAAGGGAUUCUUCCAAGGCGGAAAACUCUUUCGAUACCAGAACGUCUGCUGCCGAUGGCCUUUCGGCAAGGUUGACAACCAACAUGAGACGAAGAACAUCCCUUAUCUCUGCCAUUGUAUCCAACAAUCGUAACUCGUCCGCCAAGUAUGAUGGCUGUGGCGGGUCUGGUGGGGGUCAUCGAUCCAUUGCUUGGCCACUAUGA